AUGCUAAGAUCAAGAAAUAGAAACAAGAAGUCGAAAAGAUAUGGAUCUAAAACGAACAGAUUAUUGCUAAAAAAAGCCAAAAAGGACGAGAGCUGGACUUCAAAAUCACCAUUCGGGAAAGAUCUUCUGAAGAUCGGUAUCAAGAACGAUCUAUUCAAGGAUUCAAGCUCAUCUACAACAUACCCUUGGACCAGAUUGGCACCAUUACUGGAUUAUAAUUUAAUCGAAGUUCCGAGAUCUAGAAAAGGUAUUCCAUCGCUCAAGCUGAUAUGUUCCAAGAAGAUUGCCGAAAAUGCAGAUUCCUUAGAAUCGUCAUUUUUGGAUACAGCAUCUUGGAUGGUGUGGCGAACGGUAUGGGAGGAAAUAUUAUCAUUAAACAAUGAUUCUCCGCGUGUUUUCAAUCUCUUUGCAGGCAAAUUUUUCUUACUGGACGGGUUUAAGUGCCAUAAGCUAUCAUUACCGUUAGACGUGAACUUGGGAUCAUCAAAAUGGGAGAAGCUUCUAAAAGCUAGAAAUGAAGGCAUAUCUUCUGUGAUAAUUCCACGAACUAGAAAUCACAGGAUUGAGAACUUAUUCUCCAAUAUUAAUGUAUUGGAGAUAGUAAAAUUUAUUCAUAGAUUAUCAUACAGGCCGUGGGUUUUACUAGAUGUUUCUUUAAUGACACAGAAAUAUGAUAGAGAAGAUCACCUUAAGCUUUUCAAUAUUACGAACCUAAUUGCAUUAGAUCUAUCAAACAGUCAAAUAGUGGAUGACCUUUUUUUAUACAAUAUGUCUGUUAGUAUCAGUAAGGAUGGAAAGUUAUCAAAGUUGACUAUUUUAAAAAUUAACAACUGUCCGAAAGUUACAAGCAAAGGUCUUCAAUACUUACUCUGUCUUUCAAACGAUGCAGACGCUAGAUGUUCGCUCUCAUAUAUUGAGUCCGAUGUAAAGAUAUCCUCUUCUAAUUUUGCUGCCAAGCUUCAGAAUAUUAAAAGUGAGCUGCCAGAUUUCAUUGAUGGUACACGAUGGUUUGUAUUAGAUGAUGGUUCUGAAUCUAAAUUUAUUAGAAAAUUGCCAUUGGCCCUUAAGCUUCACUGCCUUUAUAAAAACUAUUCAAAUAGAAUAACAAAGGACCCAAUUGUUACAGAUUUCCCUCUGUAUACAACAAAUUCAAUGUCUUAUUUGUUUCUGGUUAGAAAUAGUAUCGUAUUAGAUAUCAUGGUUCAUGAAAAUACAUUCACUUCAGCUGAAAAUGAUUUUGAAAAAUUAGAAGAGGUUUGGGCAACAAGAAUUCAUUUCCGAAACCUGAGGGCACAAUCCAAAAUAUACUGCUAUGUCAUUGAUAACAAAUAUGAAUUUCUGGGUCAAAUGGCGAACAUAGAAAGGCAUGAAGAAAAUAAGAAGGAUGACUCUGUCAUGUUUAGAGCAAGUGAGAAGAAACUCCCACUGAAAUAUAUUGCGAAGCCCAAGAGACGAAGACCGGUUGCUAGGAAAGUUGAUGCGAAUCUGUUCUUUGACAUGUAA